GGUAUGACGUCAUCGAGCCGGGCAGGAGUCGGGGUUCGAAAACAAAACGUGCGAAGUGCGAAGUCCUCCGUGGUGGACGUCACCUUCCCUCCUGCGCCAACCGCAGGCUUCUGUGAAGCUGCUGUUCACACUGCACGGUUUUUCUCUCGGGUGGUUGCCUUGGUUACCAUGGGGAGAAGAUAAGUAAACAGGAGCAGUGAUAUUUGGGAUGGAGAACUGGUGUGUGGUGGUCCAUGGCUGGUGACCGAUGAUGAUGGCAUCCGCUGGCCCCCCAGGGCUGAGGUGCCCUUCUGCCAGACAUGUGGUGGAGGAGCGCCGGCUGAGGGAUCUGCUCAGUGAUCGGCUCAGUAGAGAUCUGCUCAGGCUUUUAAAUGAAGAAAUCCAUACAGAUGCCGUUCUUCAUGUCGGACAAACAAGAUUUAAAGUACACAAGGCAGUGCUUUGGGCAAGAGCCCCAAAAUUCUAUAUGAGUAUAAUGAGAUGGGACACAGGAGACGCCUUCACUGUGGAGAACGUGGAGCCGUCUGAGAUGCAAGCUUUUCUCAAGGUGGUAUACUCGUCUCCCUGGAGUGUUAAAAAGAGAGAAGAUCACAUUCUUCAGAUGGUACAAGUUCAGCCAAAGUCAAAUGCGGAACACAACCAUGAUGUAUGCAGCAAUGUGGAGAGUCUGACACCUUCAUCUGUAGAUAAUGACAACGUGAGUGAGGAAUUUGCUGCUCAGAGAAUAGAGACAGAGGAAAACCACAACCAUGAUGACUUUUCUGGAUCGGAGACCCCUUCUUACCUUGGCAAAGAUUUGCUGUCUCUUUUCAAACAGUCCUUUGCUAGUGAUGUUACUAUCCAGGUGGAAGAAACUCACUUUGAUGUGCACAGGGCUAUCCUGUGCGCCAGGUCUAGUUACUUUGCUGCCAUGUUGAGUGGAUGUUGGGCAGAGACCUCGCAAGACCUAAUCAAGAUUGAAGGCGUUAAACCAGCAGAAAUGAUGGUCAUCUUGUAUUCCAUAUAUGGAGGAAUAAUGGAACUUCCCAAAAACAUUAAUGUCGGUCAGAUUCUCUCUGUUGCUGACAUGUAUGGAUUAGAAGGGCUUCGAGAAGUCGCUAUUUACACUCUGAAAAGGGAUUACUGUAACUUUUUCCUUAAGCCUGUGGCCGGGAUGCAGCAGUCUGUGUUGGAAUGCCUGCAUAUUGCUCAUUUGGUGGGAGAGGAGCCAUUGUACACGUCAUGUAUGGAGUGGGUUGAGAAGUAUUUUGUGAAAUGUUGGUCUGAGCGAAACUUUGCUAAUUUGCCGGUGGACUUGCAGAAAAGCUGCCUUAAUGUGUUGGUGCAGUCACUCUCUUACAGGAAUGCAGCGUUUCUGUUGAUGGAAAGUGACAGGCUAAUCAACAGUCUUCCAGGGGUGAAGUGGGCAGAAAGGGCACGAAAUUUGGCAUCAGAAUUACAGGAAGAAUGUGUGAAAUUUAUUGUGGCAAACUUCUCCCAAAUAAUAAAAAGUGAAAGUUUUGCUAAUUUAUUACAGGACCAGGGGAUGAGCAGCCAACCAUAUCUUUUAGAACAUGUUUUUAAUGAAAUUGAGAAAAACCUUUCAUUCCAGAACUGCUCUUCUCUAUUUCUGGCUGUGGAUGACUUAUUACUUUGGGCAUCUAAAAAUGAAAUGGUUUUUACGUGCAAGAUCCAGGCUGUGCGUGAUAAGCUGUGGAGCUUCCUGGUCCAGUCUUUUUAUGCGGUACGGCACACCGAAGGCUGGAAAUUCAUGCGACCAAGCGAUCAGGACAAAAUCCAAGCAGUUGCCUUAGACAAAGGGGAUGAUAGAAGACUUGCAAAGAAGCCCACGUUCUCGAGUUCUCAGCAAAACCUAUCCAAAAGUCUGAAGUUGGGAGUAUCUCAGACGACAGAUUAUAAGAGACUGUCAGACAGUGUUUUGUCCAAUCGCAGAAAGAUGAAAUCGGAUUCCUUAGGCGCCCCUGGGCAUACAACCCACAUAGCUAGGAAUUCUUCUGGAAAAGGAAAAGAGGAUGAUGCAAAAGGAAAGGAUGUAAAGAAAGUUGUGUCAAAAGGAGCUAAAGAGGCAAAACCAACCGAAAAAACAGCCAUAGCCAGACCAAAAACCAGUUUAAAAUCCAAACCGGAAAAUAACGACCAAUCAAAGACUGAAACCUGUGCUUCCAAGGGUGACCUUGCCAGCACAUCAAAACCAUCUGCUUCUGUAAGGACGGGAACUAGACCCAAAGUGACAAAUGGAAGUUCCAACCCACCCGCUAAAGCUAAGGCACUGAAGAAGACUGACAAAGAUUCUCCAGUAAAAGGUUCUUUGCCAGGUCUUAAGUCUACACACUGCAAUGGAGAGCUUCCCAACUCCAGCUCAUCUUCAGGAGAGCAUGGAGCUGAGGAGCAUCCAGGUUCUACCACAAGUUCUUCAUCAGUCAAUAAAACCGUGAAAAGCGGCCUAGAUUGUUUAAAAGAUCAAGGACUAGGUACAAAAUCAAAGUCUGCUGUAAAGAUUUCCAACGGGACGACAGCCAAAUGCAAGAUCAUCGAAGGAGGGAGUCGAGAAUCAAGCAGCUCUUCAACAAAAAACUCUGCUGAUGGGGGCAACGAUUCAGGACUUCUGAAAAAGAAGGGAAUCAAACUGAGCAGUUGUACUUCUCAACGACCAAAAAGUGCCCCGGCUGCUCUGUCAAAAAAGCAAGGAGAUGGCUCUAAUAUGCCUAAAUCUGUUUCUUCCAAGCAACCUGAAGCAAAGCAAGACACAAAGUUGGUUACUCAGUCUCCCUCUGGAGACAAGCAUGCACCCUUGACUAAAAAGACUACAAAACCCACUGCUGCGUCUGCAAGCAAAACCCAACCAAAUGUGUCAAGUAACAGACAGGGAGGCACUAAAACCUCAGUCCAAAAUCACAAAGAGCCCAAAGCAAAAGUGCAGACUACUUCUAAAACGUCCAUGCUAAACCAUAAGCUGAGUCAAAAGAGCACUCCUGCUGCAGUAAGAAAUAACCACAGCCAACCUACACUGUGUACUGGGAAGGGCCCCCCUAAACCAGAUGCCCCCGAGAGCCUGGUGUCUGCUGUAAAUGAAGGCAAACAAGCUGCCAAUUGUCAGCUUGUAGAAGGCACGGACCAUCCUGAAGGCGCGCCAUUAUCUGCAGAUGAGUGUUGUCAGGAUAUUUCAAUGGGAAAUCAAGACUCUGUAAUACAGAAGCCUAAUUUAGAGCACUGCCAUUGCCAGGAAAAUAGUCCUCCAGCAUCUGUUCUUCCUCACAGAUCUAAUUCAGAAGAAGAUUUCACAGACGUAAUAAAUGAAAGAAAGGCAUUAAAUGUUGACAGCACAGGGUCAGGGGAUGCGCUCCUUUCAGAUCUUUCCAGCGAACAGAAGUCCGACUGUAAAAAUAUCUGUGACUCUGAGAACUCAAAAUGCGCUGACAGUUCAAGCGAAAGCGAGUUGUGUUCUGUAAAAGAAGUUGAAAGAGUUCCAAAACAACAGGAGAGAGAAAAUAUGGCAUCUCUGGGAUUAUCUCAGACAGCUAGCACAAGUAUGCAGAGGCAUAAUAACACCGAAUCGUGUUUACAAGGUGUGUCUGCUGGUCGGCAACGUACACCAAAUAGCACUGAGCAUUUUGUGAACUCGCAAGGUCAAAUCUCUGGUUAUCAGCGAGAUAUGGACAUUGAAGAGGUAAUUGAUAACCAUGACCACUCUGAUACGCAUUAUAUAGCUCAAUGGAAUAAUCACUCAAGCAUGUUACAUGAACGCGAGAGUCCAGAAUCUGAGAGUGGCAGUGCCAGUACCUCCUCUGAUGACAUCAAGCCAAGGUCUGAAGAUUAUGACGCCGGUGGUUCCCAAGAUGAUGAUGGCUCAAACGAAAGAGGAAUCUCUAAGUGUAGCACAAUGCGGUGUCACGAUUUUCUCGGGCGGAGCAGUAGUGAUACCAGUACCCCUGAAGAACUGAAGGGUUAUGACGGCAGUUUAAGAGUUGAUGUGAAAAUGAAAAAAGACUGCACCGACUUAUUCCGCGUCAACUCCACUAGUGACGAUGAAGGACCCAGAAAAAGAACUGAACCAUGGUUGCAAAGGGACGGCCCAAGGCACAGUGCAAAUCACGCGGCCGUUUGCAGCAGUGUGCAGUUUUCUCAGGAGAUUGAACAUCUUUCCUCGUCGGCUGAUGAGACGGAAGAUGAGCGAUCAGAGGCAGAAAACGCAGCACUCCAAGGUCCACCGGAGAGUGCAGUACAGCCUUUUCAAGGCAUCGUAAAUUUAGCUUUCGAUGAUAUGGCCGAAAUAGACAGUGAAAGUCAAAGGGGGCCUGGUAACCAAACUUUUACGAGAUCUGUCCUCCUCUCAGUAGAUGAGUGCGAAGAACUUGGAUCUGAUGAAGGGGACAAUCACCCUUCACAUGCACGAAAAGCUUCAUCAAUAUCUCCUUCUGAUGUGUUUGAGAAAAACUCUGUGGAUGGACCUUCCAAGAAAGAAAAUGGCAGACAGACAAAGAAGCGUUUGGCUACAAAUCGUGAGAUUUUGGAUGAAAAUUUAGCUAGUGGACAAGAAACUGCAGAAUCCACCACAUGUAAGGACUUCUACAAACCAACGGAAAGUGAACUUAAGUCACAGGCUCGGCCAUGCCAUUUAGAUCUGUACACAGAAAUGCCUGCUGAUGCACAAAGGUUUUGCUGUACAAAAUCUUCUAAUGCUUGUAAGAGUCAGUUUCUUGACUACCAAGGCAGAGACAACCAUGCACCUUCCACUGAAAGCUCCAACACUGCUUUAUCUGCAGAUGCAGUUGAGUUUCCUUUCCCGGUCAGUGGUGGUGGUUGACAAAAAACGGGAGGGGAACUGGGAUGAGGGUCCCAUAUGGCAGACCAAAAAGGUUGAACAAUCGGAAGGCCAUUCUGUCCAGGAAGGAGUGGGUGUGCCAAAAAAACUGCCUGAAGACCACCCGCAUCUGUACCAAGGGGCACCUCUCCUGUUUUGUUUGUUGUUUGUUUAGUGCCCUUUUAAAAUAGUUUUUAUAGAUGUUUGCACAUUUUAAUUUCCCAUCCCUUAUCACUAAAUAUGAAAAAAAAAUCAGUUUUUUGCAAGAUGUUUCUGCCUGGAGAUUUCUAAUUGCCAAAGGCUCGUGUUGUGAUCUGAAUGCUCUUCAUUACAGUUUGCCUGGAGAUUUCUAAUUGCCAAAGGCUCGUGUUGUGAUCUGAAUGCUCUUCAUUACAGUUAAAGGGGUUGUCCGGACUACAGAUAUUGAUGACCUAUUCUCAGGGGAGGUCAUCAAUAUCAGAUCUGUGGGGGUCCAACACCUGGCAUUCCCAUUUUGGGCAGUCGUGGUGCUGAAACCUGCACACUGUAUGGAGCAGAAGCUGAAGGCCCUCAUACUUCACUGUGUGUAUAUGGGUAGUAUCUUGCCCUGGCGUAAGGCUGCAUUACCCCUGCACAUCCACUACACCAUGUAUAGUACAGUAUAGUUUCCAGCAGCAUGGACCAGUGUUGGACCCCCGCCAAUCUACUAUUGAUGACCUAUCCUGAGGAUCUCUGUAGCCCGGACAACUCCUUUAAUGUCACCUAUGUACCCAAACUGGAGCUAGUUCGUUUUCCCUUAUGUAUUGUCGCCAUUGUUCCCGGUAGUGGAGGUGUCCAUUAUAAUGUAUAUGUCAGCGAGCCUCAGUAUAGGAAUGUGAUGUCGUGUAUUGCUUUGUCUUUUCUCAAAUAACCCAUUUUCUGUAUCAGAAACGUGCUUGCUGCUAGGGUUAUCUCGCUGCUUCUUGUUAACUUCUAAACAGUAGAUUUUUUUU